AUGGUCGCACCUACCGAAGCACAGAUCGUCGAAGCGGUCAAGGCGGAACUCGCUCAAGAUUCGUUCACCUUCGACCUCUCGCAGCAGGAUGAGCUGAUCCGGUUGUUGGCGACGUUAGAACUCGAACACGAUUGGGACUCCAUACCUUCCAAGAAGUUCGCCACUAUCCUCUCCAAGCACAGCAUCAUCGCUUCACCUUCGACGACCAACGGCGAACCCACCGCGUCAUCAUCAGCCGGUGGGAAAAAGAAAAAGAAGAAGAGCAAAUCCGACACCACCAUCCCCAAAUCAUUCAUCGACACCACCAUCCCCCUACCCCCCGGGAUCCGAUCGGAAUACUUCGACCCGAUCAAAGGCAAAGGGCUUGUUGCCACACGCGCGUUCCCGCGUGGCGAGCUGCUCUUCACCGAGGAUGCGUACGUACCAACCCCGCCGCCGGAGGCGUUCGACCAGAUGAGCAGCGGCGAGCUGUGCGCGCAGUGCUUCCUACCCAUCUCAUCCGCACCCGUUGCGUUGGCGGUCAAGAAUUGCAACAAGUGCAAGUACAGAUUCUGCACUAGUGCGUGUUGGAAGCAGGCGAUGGCUACGCAUCACACGCUGCUGUGUACGGGCAUGAAUGUCGAGGCGAACGAGUUGAUGCGGUUGAUCGGGCAGCACAAGUGGCAGAGUUUGCACUCCGUGGCUAGGAGUUUAGCAAGAUUGUUGACUACGUUGACGGAUGGGUAUCAGGGUGAAGGGUGGAAGAGGACGGGCGGUAAAGGGGAGGAUUUGACAGACACGUAUGGGGACUUCGACACCGUAUACGCAAGACUCUCCUCCUUCGCAACCGUAUCCGAACUCGAACGACGCUCUCGCAACCCCGGUUGGUCCACCGAGAAAUCCUCCUUCGAAGCCAUCCUCUCCUCGGCCCACACCGCCCUCUGCACCGCCCUCGACCCCUCCUCCCCUUCCCAAAAUCCCAAAUUCACCCUCACCCCCACCCAAACCUCCCUCCUUCAACCCCUCUUCACCCUCCCCUCCUUCCUCAAACUCCUCGGUCGAUCCAACAUCAACAUGGAAAAAUUCGGUGGUCUCUACUCGCUCCACUCGUUCCUCAACCACUCCUGCUCACCCAACGUUGAGAUCCGUCAUGUUCCCCAACGCGGCAUCCUGGCUAGUAUGAAGAUCGCCGCUCUCGCACUACGAGAUAUUCAACCGGGAGAGGAGUUGGUCAUCAGCUACAUCGAUCCAACCACCCGACUUGGAAGGAGACAAUUGUUGCUGUACAGAGAUUACUGUUUCGGUCCAUGUACGUGUAGCAAAUGCACCGCGGAGCUGGCCGAGUUGAGUCUCGUAUACGAUCCCAAGAAACACGGUGUAAAGGGCUUCCUCGACAGCGUAGCUAGAAAAACGGGGGCAGAUGCAGAACAGGCAGCAGCAGCACCACAACACGCAAAGAAUGGCGAGGACGCAAAUCUCGAAGAAGAGCUGCGUGCUUCGCUUGGAUUCUGA